AUGUUCCCAGGCGAGUCUGGCGUCGACAUACAUCUUCGGGAUACAUCUGACCCGUCCACUGGAAAGACAAAACCACCGCCCAAGAAGUCAUUAAUCCCAGUACCAUUUUCUUAUACUCCCAGCGACGAUGGCACAGAUGAGAAUAUCUUGAUUUUGUUCCAUGGCCUUGGAGACUCUCAUGUACCUUUUGGGAAGCUGGGUCGUCAGUUAAAGCUUCCUCAGACAGCGACGCUAGCUUUGCAAGCACCAGAACAGAUCCCCUUUCUGUACGAACAAGCAUUUCAGUGGUACCCAUCCUUCGACCCUCUUGGAGAACUCAUCGACAGACCUAAUCCUACCCCUGCUCUCGAUCUAACCCUGAAGGUCCUCAACCAUCUCAUCCAAGACUGCUCGUGGCCCCCUCAUAGAAUACAUCUAUUCGGAUUUGCACAGGGUGGAAGCGUAGCAGCAGAACUUUGCAUCAAAUGGUGGAAACAGGAGGCGGAGAAACACGUUAAAUCCCCUGGAACACCUAUCCGAGCACUAGGCUCCCUCGUCACAGUGUCAGGGCCUCUAUUAUCUUAUCCGACAUUAUCAAAAGCAUGCUCUACUCCGGUGCUAGUGUUCCACCGUCCUGCGCCAUCUGAAUCAGCGUUGCCGAGCAGUGCGAUGACCGCUUUUGGGAGGGCGUUUGGUCGUAUUAAGGAAGUUAAAAUGAGCGGUGAAGGUAUGCCACGGUCGAGAGAUGAGUGGGAGCCCAUUAUGCGAUUUUGGAGCGAGCAGCUUGGUAGAAGGCAGGGGAAUGGACUAUAUGAAGUAAUGACAGGCGUUGCUGGAGAAGUGCAUAAACCAUAA